AUGGUGAACCUGGAGCCCGGGCACGCAGGUAUCAAGAUGAGCGGGGACGUAGCGGAUUCCACGGAUGCCCGCGGCGCCCUCAGCCAGAUGGAGCCAGGAAGUGAUCGAAAUGGCCUAGAUUUCAACAGACAGAUUAAAACAGAGGACCUGGGUGAGUCCCUGCAUCAGACCCUCUCCCACCGGCCAUGUCACCUGAGCCAAGGACCUGCCAUGAUGUCAGGAAACCAAAUCUCUGGGGUAGGUGCCAACGCGUGCCAGGACGUGGCCUCGCUCCAUCCUCUCCAGCAACUCGUGCUCGUUCCCGGCCACUUGCAGUCGGUGUCCCAGUUCCUGCUUUCCCAGACCCCAUCUGGGCAGCAAGGUCUGCAGCCGAAUCUUCUCUCCUUUCCACAGCAACAAAGCAACCUCCUCCUCCCACAGUCGGGGCCUGGCCUGGCAUCCCAGGCAGUGGGGCGCCCGGGGCUGCCGGGAUCCUCUCUGGACCCCCAUCUGGAGGCCUCUCCGCACCUCCCCGUGCCCAAGCAUCUCCCAGGCCCGGGGGGCUCGGACGAGCCCAGCGACCUGGAGGAGCUGGAGAAGUUCGCCAAGACCUUCAAGCAGCGGCGCAUUAAGCUGGGCUUCACCCAGGGGGACGUGGGGCUGGCCAUGGGGAAGCUGUACGGCAAUGACUUCAGCCAGACGACCAUCUCGAGGUUCGAGGCCCUCAACCUGAGCUUCAAGAACAUGUGCAAGCUCAAGCCGCUGCUGGAGAAGUGGCUAAACGAUGCAGAGUCUUCUCCGUCAGACCCCUCGGCAGGCGCGCCGGCCUCCUACCCCACCCUCAGCGAAGUGUUUGGCAGGAAGAGGAAGAAACGGACCAGUAUCGAGACCAACAUCCGCCUGACUCUGGAGAAGAGGUUUCAAGAUAACUCCAAACCUAGCUCAGAAGAGAUUUCCAUGAUUGCAGAGCAGUUGUCCAUGGAGAAGGAGGUGGUGAGGGUCUGGUUCUGUAACCGGCGCCAAAAAGAGAAGAGGAUCAACUGCCCCGUGGCCACGCCUAUCAAGUCUCCCAUCUACAACUCCCGGCUGAUCUCUCCGUCAGGGUCCCUGGGACCCCUCUCUGUCCCUCCUGCUCAUAGCACCAUGCCAGGAACAGUAACGUCAUCCUGUUCCCCUGGGAACAACAGCAGGCCUUCGUCUCCUGGCUCAGGACUCCACACCAGCAGCCCAACUGCAUCUCAAAAUAACUCCAAAGCGAUGAUGAACUCCUCCUCCAGCUUUAACUCCUCAGGAUCUUGGUACCGAUGGAGCCAUCCCACCUACCUUCACUGAGACCACACUCGUCCCCUCCGCUGCCUGGCCGUGCCCCCCCCCCCCCCGCUGGGAGGAAGGGAGUCCUGACUUCCACAUCCGGACAGAUUCCUUGCAGCGGCGUGGAAGCAAGGCCCACUCUUGCCUUUUUCAAGAGCGAAGGCCUCUGGAGAGCCAAACUGUGGUUGAGCCAGUGCUGGCUCCUGUCACUCUCAAGACGUAAGGCCCGCUCCGAGGAGCGAGGUGACUGCGUUCGCCUCCCUGGCCUGUGCCCCGCCUUCUAGCUCUGAACAUUCUGGACAGUUCCACCACAGAGCUGUCUCCAUGGAGCCCUGUCUUGCAGAGAGACCUUCUAGCCAUUCUUCUCCAAUUCAGCUAAGGGUUUCUGGGGGACAGCCAUUUGCCUGGUGUGCCAGACUGCCAGAAGAGGAGAUAAAAGUUUUAACUCUGAAUGUAGCCACAAUCUCAGGCUGACCCCCAAAUCAGAGGGAAGAUGAGGAUCCGAUAUCGCCCCUAGAUGUCUUCUGGAUUCAGCAACAUCUUAACUUUCAUUUCGUUUGUUUUUUAAACAAAAACAACUGGCUCUCUUUUCUACAACAAGAUCUG